AUGGCAGGUUCGUCGCGUGGCUUGUUUCUCGUCUUCGAGGGGCUGGAUCGCAGCGGGAAAAGCACACAGUCUGAGCGCUUAUUUCAGCAUUUGAAAUCUGCUGGCGUCGCAGCUAAGAAGAUGGCAUUUCCGAAUAGGGAAACCACCAUAGGCGGUCUUAUAAAUUCGUAUCUGCAGUCGCAGUCGGAAUUAAGCGACGAAGCGAUCCACCUGUUGUUCUCAGCGAAUCGGUGGGAGACUUCAAUAGCCUUGGAAAAGGAUCUAGCUGCUGGGACAACUAUCGUAUGCGAUCGCUACGCCUUCUCGGGGGUCGCAUACACUGCCGCAAAAGGUACUACCUAACUGCGCUUUAACCAAAAAAAACACACGAUGUUGACCAUAUGAAGCAUGAUAUUUUAAAUGUAAGAAAAUCAAAGUUUGUUAUAUCAUGUUUGUUUACAAAUACAACUCUCGCAUGAAAAGUGUCACGCUUCUUAACCCUCACUUUUUCCUUUAGGUAGAAAACCUCUUUCUUGGUGCAAGGCUCCGGAUGUAGGGUUGCCGCAACCAGACCGCGUUUUUUACUUGGAUGUGGACCCCGAGACAGCUAAGAAACGAGCAGAUUUCGGUGGCGAGCGCUACGAAAAACAGGAGUUCCAGAGACAAGUUGGAGCACAGUUUGCCGCUUUUUCCAAGGAACCCUUUUGGCAUAAGCUUGACGCUUCAACGAAUAAAGUUAUGACAAUAAACACAAAGUUGUACUUGUAGAUUCUUGUUCUGAAUCUAAUGUAGUACUUGCAGAGUUAAGAUAGGUGUUGAGUAUGACUUUUUUCAACACUUUUUAGAUUUGCCUGUCAAGGUAAGCCGUGCCUGCAUUUAUUAAAGUUUGUUUUCAUCUUUUUGUACCCACUUGUACGUUUUGCAAAAGUUUACUUAAUAAGAAACAAGACCAAAUGCAGGCUGUGUAGGUAUAUUCUUCUAAGAACUACGACCUCAGUACGGAAAUUCAAGGAAAUGUCGAAGAGAUGCUUUCAGACACCGAAAUUCGGAGUGCACCCGUCAAAAAGUUGUGGACGAAUUUGCAAGGUGUUGCGGAAAAUUGACGCUCAUAAAUGUGAUGGCUUCUAUGUCGAGAUGUUAUAACUUUACGCUUUGAGCAUGAGCACAGAUUCUCCCCCCUGAUCUACUUCCUUGUUCCCGACUAAGAAUGGAUACUAAGAAUGGGAAGAAAGAUACUAGUUUUCGUCCGCCUCCUCAAACAGCACUAUUGCUAACGACCCAGAGUAACAUCACUAAAUUUUUAGUCUAAAAUCGAUCUUACCAAAGCAAAUUGCGCAUAAUCUUCUGAAUCGCAUUUGCUUAGGCAGAAAAUCGACUUUGCUGUGUUCGCACUAUUGUGAAUGAUAAUAUCCAAUAAAGCCAGUAUAAUAUAUAAUGAAAAUCAAAAUGAAGAUGUGCAUGAUGUAUAGCACUACAGCCACAAGAACAUCAAAUAUAGAACAAAUACCAAAGGAAACAAUGGAAACAGGAGUCCAGAGAAAAAGGAAAUUGAAAUCUGUAUUCAGGAUCACUCGACGACGAACGAUUCAUCAAGGUUCUUCUAGAGGGCGUCGUGUGGAGCAAAUUUAUCCGAGUACAGCGAGG